AUGAUGGAGGAGAAGCCGGACAUCAGGAAAGAUUCGGAGCUGGUGGUGCACAAUGUCAAAGCUUACCUUCUGAAGUCCAGCACCAAAUCCAAACUGAAUCUGUAUGACCACUUGUCUCAAGUUCUGACUAAAAUUCUGGAUGAGCGGCCAGAAAAUGUGGUGGACAUAUUUGAGGACAUCAGCAACGAAGUGAAGUUGACCUGCUUCUCCAAAAAACUGGACACCCUGAGGGAAAAAAGGGAGAUUUCACCUCUCUGGGAGCUUGCUGAGAUCCAAAAGGCUUUGUUCUACAAAACUACGGAGCCAGAAGAAGAUGAUUGGGAGUCGCCGCUUCCCAAUGUGAUGGAGAUGGCCUUCUACUUUGAACAGGCAGGUGUAGGCCUGAGUCGGGACGAGACUUUUCACAUUUACCUGGCCAUGAAACAACUCACGGAUGGUCAGACGCUACAGAGGUGCCGCUUCUGGGGCAAGAUUCUGGGCACUGAGAUGAACUACCUUGUGGUGGAGGCUGAAUGUCGGGAAGGUGAAGAAGAAGAGGAAGACGUUAUGGAGACAGAGAGUAAGGAGAGUGAACUAAAGACAGUGGAUGAGGAACUGGAUGAGGAGGAAAAUGAGGAGUCUCAUGAAUUUCCUAAGUCCACGUAUGUUCCACCCCCCAUAAUACCCAGAGAAGAAAAUCACUUUGGGGCAAACAAGUAUAUCUAUUUUGUAUGUAAUGAGCCUGGACAGUCCUGGGUCAAGCUGCCCAUGGUGACCCCAGCCCAGAUUGUUGCAGCUCGGUACAUGCGUAAAUUUUUCACUGGUCGUCUAGAGAACCGCAUCGUCAGCUUUCCACCAUUCCCAGGGUAUGAAGCCAACUACCUGAGGGCUCAGAUUGCUCGUAUUUCAGCAGGAACCCAUGUUAGCCCUCUGGGUUUUUACCAGUUUGGCAUGGAGGAUGAUGAGGAGGAAGAGGAGGCGGUCAGAGACACCUAUGAGGAAAAUCCAGAUUUUGAUGGCUACCCCGUCCAGGACAUGGUGGAGUCACUGUCCAAAUGGGUUCACCAUCUACAGCAUAUCUUGCCACAGGGCCGCUGUGUGUGGGUCAAUUUGUCCCAAAAAAGAGAAAAGGAUGAAGAGGAAGAUGAAGAGGAUGAAGAGGAAGAAGAUGAAGGACCUGAUGAGCCGGAACCCGAAGUGGGCCCCCCCUUGCUCACACCUGUAUCUGAAGAUGCAGAGCUUGAAAAUACAGUACCAUGGACGGCAAUGAUCUCUUCCAGCCUUAUUCCUCAGCACAGCAUCGCUAUCCUUCGAUCAAACAUUUGGCCGGGAGCGUACACCUUUGCUACAGGAAGGAAAUUUGAGAACAUCUACAUAGGUUGGGGCCACAAAUAUGUAGCAGAGAACUACUGCCCUCCUCUUCCUCCCCAAGCACAAGUGGAGUACCCUUCUGUUCCUGAGAUCUUUGAGAUUUCAGAUCCCACUGUAGCUGAGGAGUUGGCAUUUAGGCAGGCCAUGGAAGAAGAACAUCAGGGCAAUGAAGAAAUGGAGGAGGAGGAAGAAGAGCAGGAUGAGGAGGACGAUGAUGAUGACUAG